AUGCCCUUACUUCCAAACGCCGACUUGGACAAGAAGAAGAAGAACAGCUUGGCCAAGAAGAGUAACUACCUCCCAAACGUUGACAAGGCAAAGGAGGAUAACCGCACAUUUACGUCAACGGGAUUGUCCUCUGGCUAUACCGUCAUCGGAGUUACUACCAUUGACACUACCGGGGGUUGGGAUACAGUAACUGCCAGCGAGACCCAAUCCACAAGCGCCAUGUCGACGUCCGACGAACCCCUGACGGUAACAAAGACGGUUCACAAUCCUGUCGCAAACCGACCAGUCGAUGGGGUUGUAUCUGAUAUCCUCCUGUCUACCAUCACCCACGAAUUUGGGUCAAUAGUAACCCAUGACCCAAGCAUCAAACCGGAAGCACCCAGAACCGUCUGGAUAACCAGUCUCAAUCCUCCUCCUACCUCCAUACCACCACCUCCUCCUGCCACAUCUACCGCUGCGCCAUCCUCCAAAUCCUAUCUGAGCACCGUUGAGCUGGUUGGCGUCAUAGUCGGUACCAUAAGUCUAGUACUCCUGCUAUGCGUCCCAGUAUUUUACGCUGUCUGGAGACGUCGACUUCCUUCUCCACCAUCAGAUAGUCAGAACAACGUCAAUAUCACAAUCCGCAAUGGUGAUGUUUCUCGGUGGUCACACUCAGAUGACUCACGACCGAGUCCCAUGCCACCAUCGUUGCAUUCGCAGGAAAGUGUGGUAAGAACAGAAGUCAUCAAGAGACUUGAUAGUGUCGCAAGUCCACCGCCUCGCUAUACCGACUACUGGAAGGGUGAGAAUGAGGAGUAUGAGAUGGGAGUCAGACAGACUGCGAGUGAAGCUUCGGGGUCAAAGUUCGCUGAAGAGCAGAAUUACAGUGAUCCGAAAGGUAAGGGUACGGCGCGAGACGAUAACUGGAUUUGA